CCGGCUCGCUCUGCGGGAAUGUGGACUGGAGUGGUCCCGCUGCGGGGCCGGGGUGCUGCAAGCCACAGGGUCGAUCCAUAGCGCCAUGGCCUGCAUCCUCAAGAGGAAGUCUGUGGUUGUGGCGAGCUUCACGGCGCUGUGCCUCUUGCUGCUGGCCAUGCGCCUCGUCAAUGACAUGAAUUUCCCUUUGCUACUGAGCUGCUUUGGACAACCUGAGACAAAAUGGAUCCCACUGCCCUACACAUUCAGGCAGCCUCUUCGAAUUCACUAUGGAUACAUCAAUGUGAGAACCCAAGAGCCUUUGCAGCUCGACUGUGACCACUGUGCCAUAGUGUCCAAUUCCGGUCAGAUGGUGGGCCAGAAGGUGGGCGAGGAGAUAGACCACUCUUCCUGCAUUUGGAGAAUGAACAACGCCCCCACCAAGGGCUUUGAAGAAGACGUCGGUCACGUGACGAUGGUUCGCGUCGUAUCGCACACCAGUGUUCCUCUUUUGCUAAAAAACCCUGACUAUUUUUUCAAGGAGGCAAGUGCCACCAUUUAUGUUAUCUGGGGCCCUUUCCGCAACAUGAGGAAGGACGGAAAUGGCAUUGUGUACAACAUGCUGAAAAAGACAGUUGAUAAUUAUCCGAACGCACAGAUUUACGUGACCACGGAGCAGCGGAUGAGUUACUGCGAUGGCGUCUUUAAGGAGGAAACUGGGAAAGACAGGGUCCAGUCCGGCUCCUACCUCAGCACAGGCUGGUUUACCUUUAUCCUGGCCAUGGACGCCUGUUAUAGUAUCCACGUCUACGGGAUGAUAAAUGACACCUACUGCAAGACGGAAGGGUAUAGGAAAGUCCCCUACCAUUACUACGAGCAAGGGAAAGACGAGUGUAAUGAGUAUCUUCUCCACGAACAUGCCCCCCACGGGGGACACCGGUUCAUUACCGAGAAGAGAGUGUUUGCCAAGUGGGCCGAGAAGCACAGAAUAAUCUUCACACACCCAAACUGGACCGUGUCCUGAUGUUGUGUCCCUGAUCGCAGCACUGCAGCUCUGAAGAUGACAGCGCAGGCAAGGUUGUUCAUGACCGUCACGGUCCUGACCGCUCUCUGCUGGGGAUGGUGACUCUGCUAGCAAUCCGGACUCGGCGUUCUGUGGGAGGGGCUCCCGUUCAUUCUGUUCUCUCUGGUGGUUCAGCCCUACAUACUGCACUUUAUGACUUACCUGUCGAAGGCCCGUGACAUGGCCUCUGUGACUACAGGAAGAUUGUCUUUCAGGCUAGCCGCUCAGAAUUCCUGACAAGAGGCAUCAGGAAGGAAGGGACGUGGCCUUGUCAGGCAAGGUCACUCAGUGUGUGGGCAGCUCCACCAUCUGGGAAAAAUGGUUGACUACCAAACACUGUCCCAAAUAAUUCUAUCAGGGUAUAGAUAUAUUGCCACAGUUAGUGGUUAGCCUGAGAGAAAGUAG